AUGUCCUUAUCACCUAAGAUUGAUGAAAUUGCCCACACGUUAAAUUCUAUUAGCGCUGAUAUUGCUCUCUUUACCGAAACCUGGUUGCAGGAAACCGUUCCUGAUGACGCAAUUAAUAUUGAAGGAUAUCAACUGUUUAGGAGAGACCGUGCAAAUAGAAUUCAUGGGGGUGUGUGUAUGUAUGUCAAAGAAUCAAUUCACUGUAAAAUCUUAUCUGACUUUUAUCAUACAGAUCAUGAAGUUUUGUGGGCAUAUCUUAGACCAAGGCGACUACCUCGUGGUUUCUCAAAUAUUAUAAUAGCGGUGGUGUACCAACCUCUAACUGCGAACGAUGUAGAAAUGAAAGAAUAUCUUAUACAAUCCCUUGAACGUUUAGAAGUUGAAUAUUCAAAUUGUGCUGUCUUCCUAGCUGGCGAUUUCAACAAAACCCUUCUUCCCUUGGUUAAAUCUGCUGUAAAAAACUUCCAACUCAAGCCCAUGGUUAAACAACCUACAAGAGGGGACAAUAUUUUGGACCAAAUUUUUACAAAUUGUAAAGAGUACUUAUCAGAUUCUGUCCGAAUUUUACCACCCUUUGGUUACUCCGAUCACCGAACAGUAUUUAUUGAGGCAAAAAUUCGACCUAAACCUUCAAAGCCACGAAAUAGAAUAGUUGUGUAUAGAGACAAACGGCCUACCAAGGUAGCAAGCGUUGGUAGAUUUCUACAACAGGUUCCUUGGCUUGAGUUACUCUCUAAUUAUCAAACAUGUGAAGAAAAGCUCAAGCUAUUGACUGAAAUCAUAAACUAUGGACUAAAUACUAUCAUGCCUGAGCAAUGUAUCAAAAUGCAUGAAAAUGAUCGACCCUGGCUGAACACUCAGUUAAAAAAAAUGAUAAAUAGCCGUCAAAAAGCUUUCUCUUCUGGAAAUAGAAUCCUAUAUAAAAUGCUGAGAAAUAAAGUUAAUCGGGAAUGUAAACAUUGUAGGAAAACCUAUUAUGAAAGCAAAAUUGGUCAAAUGAAGGACUCUACGCCCAGAGAUUGGUGGAGAGAGGUCAAAAAUCUUUGUGGUAUUAAUAAAAACACUCGUCGUGACCUAAGAUCCCUUUUACACCCUGAUCUUGUGUGUGAUGAUCUUACUCUUACGAAUAACAUAAACAAAGCGUUUAUCAGCGUAAUGAAUGAUUACUCGCCUUUGACAGAUUAUACAUGCGUGGAUCCGGUUGAUGAUGAACCUUUGUAUGUUACCGAAGAAUCUGUGGCAAGGAAACUAAGAGCGAUUAAGAUAUCUCGCGCCAGUGGACCUGAUAACCUUCCAAAUUGGGUGCUCAAAACGUUCUCGGACAUUAUCGCAAGUCCUAUUACUGACAUAUUGAACACCUCAUUUACCGAAUGUAGAGUGCCUAAUGCUUGGAAACUCGCAGAUGUUUGUCCUCUGCCAAAGUCGUCCCUCAUUUGUGAUUUUAACAACGACAUCAGACCAAUUUCUCUUACGUCGACUCUGUCGAAAGUUGCGGAAAGCUUCGUGAUUGAUAUGGCUUUAAAACCGGUUAUGUUGUCCAUUGUUGAUCCACGACAGUUUGGAUUUAUCCCAGGUUCAUCGACAACUAUGGCACUAAUCGAUAUGUUUCAUCAUUGGUUAUCUGCCACUGAUGGGACAUCGUCCACAAUAAGAACUGUUCUCUUAGACUUUCGGAAAGCCUUUGACUUAGUAGACCAUCAUAUAUUGAUCGCUAAACUAUUCAGCAUAGGAGUAAAGCCAAUCAUCGUUAAUUGGAUUAUUGAUUUCUUACGUCAUCGGCAGCAGAGGGUUAAAUAUGAUGGUACUUUUUCUAACUGGGUUGAUGUCCAUGCAGGAGUUCCCCAGGGUACUCGUCUUGGUCCAUGGCUCUUUCUUAUUCUAAUUAAUGAUCUACGAUUACCAGAUCAGAUCUCCCAAAUGUGGAAGUUCGCUGACGAUAUCACAUUAUCCGAAGUGAUAACACAAUCUAAUGAAAGUUCCAUUCAGGACGCUGUUGAUUAUGUUAACUUGUGGUCUAAAGAGAACCAUCUACAACUCAAACCAACCAAAUGUAAAGAAAUCCAAUCAUGUUUUAAGAGAAUCCCUCCAUCUUUGUUCCAAUUGAGAUAG